AUGGAAAUUUUUAGAAAAAUUAAAAGAACUUCAGAAGGUAAAAAAUUAUUCGCGAUCGAAAAAAUAAGUUUUAGAAUAUUUUUCGCUGGAUUUGAUUUCCGGCUGUUUAAUAAGAGGAAUCGGCCUAGCGGCUUUUUCUACUGCGAGUUUGGGAAGAUAAGAGAGCAAAGAAAAGUUUUUAUUCCGAAUCCGGAUGAUUGGUAUAAAUACAGCUAUCCAAAAUCGAGCGAAGAGUCGGUGAGUGAUGAACUUUUAAUCCUCAUCACAGCAGUUUUGCCUCUCAUCAUCUACGGCUUCUGUUUGUCCUUUCUGAACUCAUCAAGCAAGGGCUUCUCGUUAAAAAUGCAAUUCAAGUUCAUUUUCAACCAGAUCAUCGUUUAUUUCCUGACAGGAAUCGUCACCAACCUUCUCAAACAAUCAAUCCAGAGACUACGCCCAGACUUUAUUGCCACGUGCUUUGAACUUGAUGAGGUUCAAUUGAGAAAAGUCGUUGCAGAAGGCUUCAACAGUAGCUUCCCAGGAGCGACUCCAUCCUGCUCAGCUUCAGAAUCGGAUCUUUGGAAAUCGAUGCUGAGCUUUCCAUCGGGUCAUUCUUCACUGGCCUUUGCGAAUUUCGUCUAUCUUGCUUUGAGAGUCGUAAAGAUCCCCGAAAAGCGACAAUUAAAAUCUGGUUCAAUCGUUGAGGCAUUUCUGCUGACUUUCCCGCUGCUGAUUGUCCUCCCUGCAAUUCACAUUUCCCUCUCCAGAGUCAUUGAAAAUCGUCAUCAUCCUGAGGACAUCCUGGCUGGUGCAAUCGUUGGCUCACUUAUUGCAAUUACAGUCAGUCAAACAGAAGAUCUUUUCGCGAAGAAAAACAGCGACGAGGCGAAAUACGAGCCAGCUCAUGAAAUUUCUAGUGACAAUCUCAUUCCUUCAGCGUGA